CUUGUGGUGACACCUAAGUUGGUGUUAGUACUGGGAGAUCUUCACAUUCCACAUCGAUGCAACAGCCUCCCAGCCAAGUUCAAAAAGCUGCUGGUUCCAGGGAAGAUCCAACACAUCCUCUGCACGGGAAACCUCUGCACCAAGGACACUUAUGACUACCUCAAGACUCUGGCUGGAGACGUCCAUGUUGUCAGAGGGGACUUUGAUGAGAACCUGAAUUAUCCUGAACAGAAAGUUGUAACUGUUGGACAGUUCAAAAUCGGGCUGAUUCAUGGCCAUCAGGUUAUUCCCUGGGGUGACAUGGCCAGCCUGGCACUGCUACAGAGGCAGUUUGAUGUGGACAUCCUAAUUUCAGGACAUACACACAAAUUUGAGGCAUUUGAACAUGAAAACAAGUUCUAUAUCAAUCCGGGAUCAGCUACAGGAGCCUAUCAUGCCUUAGAGAACAACAUCAUUCCUUCAUUUGUGCUGAUGGAUAUCCAAGCUUCCACGGUAGUUACAUAUGUCUAUCAACUAAUUGGAGAUGAUGUGAAAGUAGAAAGAAUUGAGUACAAAAAAUCUUAAACAUGUUUUGGCUUGUCUGGUACUUUUACCAUCUCAUUCUGAACUGCAAAUUCCAAUACUUGAUUGCUAGUUUACAGUCCUACCCUUACUCACUAACAGCUUAAACAAUGUAGCUUCUUGGUAAUAACUUUAAAACAACAUUGUGUUUGCUUUUCUCUGUAUGAAUUGAUUUGUAAAAUUUUCCAUUAAAGUAACUGUUUAAAUACUGUUCCUUUAUGUUGUAAUAAACUCCACUUCAUAGAAAAA